AAUAACAAACGAAACAGUAGAAUAAGUGCACACAACAGUUUAGUAACAAGUUCUUUUGUUGGUUUUACAUUGUUUCAGUAAAUUUUUAGCAAAAAUUGAAACAGAACGAUAAACAUGGCAGAUCCAGAAAACAAUGCUGAGCCCAAUGAGCAGAUCAACAUUAUUAUCGAUCCGGACCAGAUUAUGGAACAGCUUAACAACGAUUUUGGCCAAGGUGAUGCCCCACUGCCGCAGUGGAUAGAGCAAACAGCUCCGAACAUGGCGCAAACCAUCGAACUAGACUCGGAUGAGGAGCCGGCGUAUCCUCGCUUAGACAAGCCCUUGCCCUGCGUAUCCUUCAGCGAGGUGCGUCGCCUAACCAUUGAAAUGCGCGAGAAAUUCGCUGCCUUGGAUCGCCAGCGCACACGUCGUCUCUCCAAAAUCUUUCGCGCUAGGCAGCAGGAAAUCGAAAAACAAACUAAAGAGGAUCCUGAAAUGUAAAGCUGUGCAAUAAAAAUAUUGGCCUGCACUUCUCCCCGUGUAAUCCUUACUAGCUUACUGUAGACAAAUAACAAGCUUUGUUUAAUAACUAACGAAGGAGGGAAAGUGCGAUUAACGUAAUUAAAAUAAAUUCUAAAGUA